UUUUCAAUAAUGGCGGCUUGCAAGGCACUCCUGAAGCCAGCAUUGAGCUGUCAGGGCUUUGCUCUGCAGCAGGGCAGACGAGGCAAGUUGCGGCAGCCAGCAGCUCCCUGUCUGCGCACAGCAUAUUUGCAAACCAGCCCUUCUCCAGCGCCUCUUAGCAGUCAGAAUGUUGCAGCAAAAGGUUGGCGUCAGAUUCUGGAGCCACCGGCCCAGGGUUUCCACACCAACUCUAGACCUGGGCUGCGGGGUGAUGAUCGGGGUGGUGCCCGGUGUCAAGCGCAGGCACAAUCAAAUGGAGCGGCGAUGGGCGCUUCUCCAGAGCAAGAGGUCCUGGGAAAGCUUUCUCAGAUCAUCGAUCCCGAUUUCGGGACAGAUAUUGUCUCCUGCGGGUUUGUGAAGGAGAUGCAGAUUGACCCGAACACGGGGGUGGUGUCUUUCACCUUGCAAUUGACAACGCCGGCUUGCCCGGUCAAAGACAUGUUUGAGUCACAAGCGCGCGAGCUUGUGAGCCAGCUGCCGUGGGUGAAGGACCUCAGCAUUAAGAUGACGGCCCAGGCGCCAAGACCCAUGACAGACGAAGACGUACCUCCGGGCCUGAGGAAGGUCGCCAACAUCAUUGCAGUGUCCAGUUGCAAGGGCGGAGUUGGCAAGUCCACGGUGUCAGUCAACCUUGCAUACGCGUUGCACGGCAUGGGCGCGCGGGUGGGCAUCUUUGAUGCGGACGUGUACGGGCCCAGCCUCCCGACCAUGGUCUCUCCAGAGGUGCCCGUGUUGCAGAUGCGUGUGGAGGGCGACGAUCGCAUCAUUAUGCCGACCGAAUACGAGGGCGUGAAGCUGGUGUCGUUUGGGUAUGCGGGGCAGGGCAGCGCCAUUAUGCGGGGCCCCAUGGUCUCGGGCGUCGUCAACCAGCUGCUCACCACCACCGACUGGGGGGAGCUGGAUUACUUGGUGCUUGAUUUCCCGCCUGGAACGGGAGACAUCCAGCUGACGCUGUGCCAGGCCGUGCCCAUCACGGCGGCUGUCAUCGUGACCACCCCCCAGAAGCUGUCCUUCAUCGACGUCGUCAAGGGUGUUCGCAUGUUUGCCAAGUUGAAGGUGCCGUGCAUUGCUGUUGUUGAGAACAUGUGCUACUUCGAGGCGGACGGGAAGCGGUACUUCCCUUUCGGACAGGGAUCUGGUCAAAAGGUCGUCGACCAGUUUGGCAUUGCCUCCUUGUUCCAGAUGCCUAUCAAACCCGAGUUGUCGGCCUCUGGCGACACUGGGAAGCCCCAGGUGAUCGUGGAGCCAGCCGGCGAGGUAGCGCGAGCUUUCUCCGAGCUGGGGGCGUCCGUCGUGCAGCAGACGGCCAGGCUCCGGCAACAGGUGGCUACUGCUGUUGUGUACGAUCCGGCACGGAAGGCCAUCGUGGUGCGGCCACCCGGCAGUGACGAGGAGUUCCUGCUCAGCCCGGCGCUUGUGAGACGAAACGAUAGGUCCGCGAAGAGCGUGGACGAGUGGACGGGGCAGCAGCUGCUGCAAUACAGUGACGUGGCGGAGGACAUCGUUCCUGAGAGCAUCCGACCGAUGGGCAAUUACGCGGUCGCUAUCUCGUGGCCGGACGGCCUCACUCAGGUGGCUCCCUAUGAGCAACUCGAGAAUCUGGAGCGGAUGCUGGAAGACGAUGACUCGGCGUUUGCCAUGCCGUCCACGACCAGCAGGGUGGACGGGUCUUCUGCUGCCGACCCUGCCGCGCCUUCCAGCAGACCCUCAGCAACGAAAGCUGCCGGAACCGGGUCCGUAGGCGCGCAAGCUCCCUUGUCAGACGGUGCGGCCAGGAUCUUGCAAGAAGCAGCGAGAUUGAAGGAGUUGGCCAAAAGCUGAGAGUGUUGGCUGUUUGAUGGUCUCCUUAACUAUAGUCUUGUAGGGGGUUCAAGAAAUGGCUGGAUAAACCGUUUACUGAAUGCAAGAACAAGCUCCACCGCAUGUUGAUUUGCGUUGAAAGACGUUACCUGCACUUGUUCUACCAUCCGCUACUUCGCAGCUUUUUCAUUGACCGCAAUGCAGUUUAUCGUCAGGUGUGUGAUUGAGGCGCAAAGUUCUUGUAAACUGCUGUCAUCUGGUGUAUAUCUUUGAAAGCAGAUAAGUCCGCUCUAGUGCAACAUCACAUGCAUCACUUAGUACAUGGCAGCCCGUAACAAAGCGAGGUUUGAUGCGGCUGCAACCAGCUAAUGUCGUAC